GCGCGCCGGGAGCGAGACAGCGUGAGGCCACGUGAGGAGACGGAGGAGGCGGCGCGCGGUACAGGUUGUGAGGCUCCUUCCCUCUGGCACCACUAUGUAUGCUGUGUACAAGCAGGCUCACCCUCCCACGGGGCUGGAGUUUUCCAUGUAUUGCAAUUUCUUCAGCAAUGCUGAACGCAACCUUGUGGUGGCUGGGACUUCCCAACUUUAUGUAUACCGGCUCAACCACGAUGCUGAGACUUCAGCCAAGAGUGAUAGGAACGCAGAAGGGAAGUUACACAAGGAGCACAAAGAAAAGCUGGAACUGGUGGCCUCCUUCUCCUUUUUUGGAAAUGUCAUGUCUAUGGCCAGUGUGCAGCUUGCUGGAGCCAAAAGAGAUGCCCUCCUUCUCAGUUUCAAAGAUGCCAAGCUGUCAGUGGUAGAGUAUGACCCUGGGACUCAUGACCUGAAGACCCUCUCACUACAUUACUUUGAGGAGCCUGAGCUGAGGGAUGGCUUUGUCCAGAAUGUACACACACCUCGGGUGCGAGUGGACCCUGAUGGGCGCUGUGCGGUCAUGCUGAUCUAUGGAACACGACUUGUAGUGCUGCCUUUCCGAAGGGAGACCCUGGCAGAGGAACAUGAGGGGCUGGUAGGGGAAGGGCAGAAGUCAAGCUUCCUGCCAAGCUAUAUUAUUGAUGUUCGGGCCUUGGAUGAGAAGCUCCUGAACAUUAUUGAUCUGCAGUUCCUUCAUGGGUACUAUGAGCCCACCCUCCUCAUCUUGUUUGAGCCCAAUCAGACCUGGCCAGGGCGUGUGGCUGUACGACAGGAUACAUGUUCCAUUGUUGCCAUCUCUCUGAACAUUCUACAGAAGGUUCACCCAGUUAUCUGGUCCCUCACCAACCUGCCUUUUGACUGUACCCAGGCUCUAGCAGUACCCAAACCAAUAGGUGGAGUAGUAAUCUUUGCUGUCAACUCACUCCUCUACCUGAACCAGAGUGUCCCACCCUAUGGCGUUUCCCUCAACAGCCUCACUGCUGGCACCACAGCCUUCCCUUUACGCAUGCAGGAUGGAGUGAAGAUCACCCUGGAUUGUGCACAGGCUGCCUUUAUAUCCUAUGACAAGAUGGUCAUCUCCUUGAAAGGGGGCGAGAUCUAUGUACUGACCCUCAUCACAGAUGGGAUGCGUAGUGUCCGAUCCUUUCACUUCGACAAAGCUGCUGCUAGUGUUCUUACCACCUGUAUGAUCACCAUGGAACCAGGUUACCUUUUUUUGGGCUCCCGUCUUGGGAAUUCACUUCUACUCAAAUAUACAGAGAAACUACAGGAACCACCAGCCAGUGCUGCCCGAGAAGCCCCAUCACGGGAGGUUUCUGACAAGGACGAGCCACCUGUCAAAAAGAAGAGAGUGGAGUCCACGCUGGGCUGGGCAGGUGGGAAGUCAGCUCCGCAGGAUGAGGUGGAUGAGAUUGAGGUGUAUGGCAGUGAAGCCCAGUCUGGUACUCAGCUGGCCACCUACUCCUUUGAGGUGUGUGACAGCAUCCUGAAUAUUGGACCCUGUGCUAAUGCUGCCAUGGGAGAACCAGCUUUCCUGUCCGAGGAGUUUCAGAACAGCCCAGAGCCAGAUCUGGAAAUUGUGGUUUGCUCUGGUUAUGGCAAGAAUGGAGCAUUGUCUGUGCUUCAGAAGAGCAUUCGGCCUCAGGUGGUGACAACCUUCGAGCUGCCCGGCUGUUAUGACAUGUGGACAGUCAUUGCACCCUUACGAAAGGAAGAGGAUGAGACUACCAAGGGGGAAGGGGCAGAACAGGAGCCCAGCUCCCCAGAAACAGAAGAUGAUGGGAAGAGACACGGCUUUCUCAUUCUCAGCCGGGAGGAUUCUACCAUGAUCCUACAGACAGGUCAGGAGAUCAUGGAGCUGGACACUAGUGGCUUUGCCACGCAGGGUCCCACUGUCUAUGCUGGUAACAUUGGUGACAAUCGCUAUAUUGUCCAGGUGUCGCCCCUGGGUAUUCGUCUGUUAGAGGGAGUGAACCAGUUGCAUUUCAUUCCUGUGGAUCUGGGCUCUCCCAUUGUGCAGUGUGCUGUCGCUGAUCCUUAUGUGGUCAUUAUGAGUGCUGAGGGUCAUGUGACUAUGUUUCUUCUGAAAAGUGACUCCUAUGGGGGAAGGAACCAUCGCCUGGCUCUUCACAAGCCACCUUUGCAUCAUCAGUCAAAGGUGAUCGCGCUCUGUGUGUACCGGGAUGUCAGUGGGAUGUUUACCACUGAGAGCCGAGCAUCUGGGCCCCGGGAUGAGCUGGGAGGCCGAGGGGGCCUGGAGGCUGAGGGCCUGGGACCUGAGAUCAGCCCCACUGUGGAUGAUGAAGAAGAGAUGUUGUAUGGAGACUCCAGUUCCUUGUUCAGUCCCAGCAAAGAAGAGGCUCGAAGAAGCAGUCUCCCACCUGCUGACCGGGACCCUCCCCCAUACAGAGCAGAGCCCACCCACUGGUGUGUGCUAGUACGAGAGAGUGGGGCCAUGGAAAUCUAUCAGCUCCCAGAUUGGCGCCUGGUGUUUCUAGUGAAGAAUUUCCCUGUUGGGCAGCGGGUACUGGUAGACAGCUCCUUUGGACAGCCAGCCACCCAAGGUGACACCAAGAAGGAAGAGGUGACCAGGCAAGGGGAACUUCCUCUUGUUAAGGAGGUAUUACUGGUUGCCCUGGGUAACCGUCAGACCCGCCCCUAUCUGCUGGUUCAUGUAGACCAGGAACUGUUGAUCUAUGAGGCCUUUGCCCAUGACUCCCAGCUUGGUCAGAGCAACCUCAAAGUGCGAUUCAAAAAGGUCCCCCACAACAUCAAUUUCAGGGAGAAGAAACCAAAGCCAUCAAAGAAGAAGCCAGAAGGGGGUGGAACUGAAGAGGGUGCUGGUGCUCGGGGCCGUGUGGCUCGAUUCCGUUAUUUUGAAGAUAUUUAUGGCUAUUCAGGGGUGUUCAUCUGUGGUCCCUCACCCCAUUGGUUGCUGGUGACUGGUCGGGGAGCCCUUCGAUUGCAUCCCAUGGGUAUUGAUGGCCCCAUCGACUCCUUUGCCCCUUUCCACAAUGUCAAUUGUCCAAGGGGAUUCCUGUACUUCAACAGACAGGGAGAGCUUCGGAUCAGUGUGCUUCCAGCCUAUUUGUCCUAUGAUGCUCCCUGGCCAGUAAGAAAGAUCCCAUUGCGAUGCACAGCUCACUAUGUUGCCUAUCAUGUGGAAUCCAAGGUUUAUGCUGUGGCCACCAGCACCAAUGCCCUAUGCACUCGCAUCCCUCGAAUGACAGGCGAAGAGAAGGAAUUUGAGACAAUAGAGAGAGAUGAACGAUAUAUCCACCCCUUGCAGGAGGCCUUCUCUAUCCAGCUUAUCUCUCCAGUCAGUUGGGAGGCUAUCCCCAAUGCCAGGAUUGAGCUGGAGGAAUGGGAGCAUGUGACCUGCAUGAAGACAGUAUCCCUUCGCAGCGAGGAGACUGUGUCUGGCCUCAAGGGCUAUGUGGCUGCUGGAACCUGCCUCAUGCAGGGGGAGGAGGUCACAUGCCGAGGCAGGAUUCUCAUUAUGGAUGUGAUUGAAGUAGUUCCAGAGCCAGGACAGCCACUGACAAAGAAUAAGUUCAAAGUGCUGUAUGAGAAAGAGCAAAAGGGCCCAGUGACAGCUCUCUGUCACUGCAAUGGCCACCUGGUGUCAGCCAUUGGUCAAAAGAUCUUCCUGUGGAGUCUUCGGGCCAGUGAGCUGACAGGCAUGGCUUUCAUUGACACACAGCUCUAUAUUCACCAGAUGAUCAGUGUGAAGAAUUUCAUCUUGGCAGCUGAUGUCAUGAAAAGCAUUUCUCUGCUUCGUUACCAAGAGGAGAGCAAAACCCUGAGCCUGGUGUCCCGGGAUGCCAAGCCCUUGGAGGUGUACAGUGUGGAUUUCAUGGUAGACAGUGCUCAACUUGGCUUUCUGGUGUCAGACCGGGACCGCAACCUCAUGGUGUACAUGUAUCUGCCUGAAGCCAAGGAGAGUUUUGGGGGGAUGCGGCUGCUACGACGGGCAGAUUUCCAUGUGGGUGCCCAUGUGAAUACGUUCUGGAGGACACCAUGCCGGGGGGCAGCAGAAGGGCCUAGCAAGAAAUCCAUUGUCUGGGAGAACAAGCAUAUCACAUGGUUUGCCACAUUAGAUGGUGGCAUUGGGCUCCUAUUGCCCAUGCAGGAGAAGACAUAUCGGCGGCUACUGAUGUUGCAAAAUGCCCUGACCACUAUGCUGCCCCACCAUGCUGGCCUCAACCCCCGUGCCUUUCGGAUGCUUCAUGUUGACCGUCGCAUCCUACAAAAUGCUGUACGCAAUGUCCUUGAUGGGGAACUCCUUAAUCGUUAUCUCUACCUUAGCACCAUGGAACGUGGAGAGCUUGCCAAGAAGAUUGGAACCACACCUGACAUUAUUCUGGAUGACCUAUUGGAGAUUGACCGUGUUACAGCUCAUUUCUAGUUGCCCCUACUCCAAAUACACACUUUUGGAUAAAGAAAA